AUGGGGCGGCCGUGGGGCUGGUGGCUGCUGCCGCUCGGCCUCCUGCAGCUGCUGGGCGGCCCCGCCGCCGGUGCGUGCCCCUGCCAGGACCCGCGGCUCUGCCACCCCGUCACGGGCACCGGCGGCUUCGAGGUCUUUGUGUUCGAUGUGGGAAAGGAAAGCUGGAAAUCCUACGACUGGUCAAAAAUUACAACUGUGGCAGCUUUCGGAAAGUACGAUCCUGAGCUCAUGUGCUAUGCUCACUCUAAAGGCUCCAGGAUAGUACUGAAAGGUGAUGUAUCUCUUAAGGAAAUUGUUGAUCCUGCUAAAAGAGCAGCGUGGAUAUCCCAACAGGUGGACCUUGCGAAAAAACAGCAUAUGGAUGGAAUUAACAUAGAUAUAGAGCAAGAAGUUAACGAAACCUCCCCUGAGUAUUAUGCACUAACAGAGCUUGUUAAAGAAACUACAGAUGCUUUUCACAGAGAAAUACCAGGAUCACAGGUAACAUUUGAUGUGGCUUGGUCUCCAGCAUGCAUAGAUAAAAGGUGCUACAACUACACUGGGAUUGCAGAUGCCUGUGACUUCUUAUUUGUGAUGUCAUAUGAUGAACAGAGCCAGAUCUGGACAGACUGUAUUGCAAAAGCCAAUGCUCCUUACCUGCAGACUUUAGUUGGAUAUGAAGAGUACAUUACUAUGGGCAUUGAUCCUAAGAAGCUUGUAAUGGGCGUCCCCUGGUAUGGGUAUGACUAUGUCUGCCAAAACCUAUCUAAGGAUCAUAUUUGUUCCCUUUCCAAAGUACCUUUCCGUGGGGCUCCUUGCAGUGAUGCUGCAGGGCGUCAGGUGCCCUACAGAGCAAUAAUGAAGCAGGUGAACAGUUCUCUUUCAGGGGUGCUGUGGGAUGAGGUACAGAAAUCUCCAUUUUAUGAGUACAAGGAUUCUUUUGGUCACUUCCACCAAGUAUGGUAUGAUGACCCUCGCAGCAUCUCUCUAAAAGCAGCAUAUGUGAAGAAUCGAGGUUUAAGGGGCAUUGGCAUGUGGAAUGGAAAUAGUCUUGACUAUUCCAGGGAAGCUGUAGCAGAACAACAAACUGAAGCAAUGUGGCAAGCCCUGACACCGUAAGAACUAUGUGAACCCUUGAUUUAGAAUGAUGAAAAUUGGUAUUUUUUUAUUAUGGCUUAUACUGUCAAAGAUUUUGACUUUACAUAAAUAUACCAUGAUUACAAAAACUUUGAGAACUAGCCAAAUUCAUCUUGUUAUUUUGUAUGUAAAGCCAUAUUUUCAUUCUUCAAAAAGUUCCAAUGUUGUGUUAGCAGCGUUUUUUCUAAAAGACUGCUCAUCUUUUUCAUUUUUCACAACUACCAUAAGUUGGUUAAAGCUUGAACCCAGUGUGUAUCUGGUAACAAGUAAGACCAAGUGGAUUCACAGGAGCAAUCUAAUGGUCCUCUGCUAAGGCUGCCUGGUGGGGUCACAUGGUGCAGUCUCAGCUUUCUGACUUCCCACCCCAACCUGUAUUUUAGCUAAAUCACUUUGAGUCAGGUUAAACACAGAACACUGGAGAGACAGACUGUUGCUUACAUGCAACUUGGUGAAACUGGUGCUUGUACUUGGUUACUCUUCUAGAGAUUAAAAUAUUUUAUAGACUGAAGAAAUUAUGUAACAUGAAGUAGUUGCCAUUAAGAGUUUUAUCAGACUUGUUGUUAGAAAGGAAUAUUCAAUAAACUCUGGUUUCACCACAUUUAUGUAUCACAUAAAUUCCUUAGCUUCAAAAGCCAAAAAUCUUGGACCUUAUCUUGAAGAGGGAACAUUAAUAUGGAGAGGACUUGGAUGAUGUUUUCUUCCAUUUCAAACUUCUUUACUUCCUGAAAACUAGAACUCAGAAGCUUAUUUAAUGAACGGCAUACGUAUUUUUCCACACACUUUAAGAUUAAUUCAGUAGCCUGUUGUUUAUGUGGUGUCGCCUCUGAGAUAACAAUGUGGUUACAUUUUAUUUCUAGUUCAUAUUUUUCAUAAAAUAAUUUGCCUAGAGAAAUUGUGUAACUUUGUAAAAUAUCUGUAGUCAUGGAAAGAUUGACUGGUGUUUACAGUAUUUCUUUUGGUUAAACAAAAUGCUGUCUUCACUAAGGUUGGUAAACAGUGGUGUCUGUUUAUGCUUUACUUGUUCCACAGCUUACAGCCCACACUGCUUCUCUGCUUCUCAGAACUCUUUCACAACCAGACUAAAGUGCAACUGUGCCCUGCUUAAGUGACUCCAUUAAUUAAAC